GUUAUAAUUAUAAUUUAACAAAAAACCGGGAAUCUAAUGGGAAAAUUAUUUUAAUUAUUGGCUUAGAAAUCGGUUUAAAAGUGAACCAAAAGGCGGCUGCGCUCGACAGAACAAAACGAAACGCGGCCUGAAAUGUACGCUCCACUCAUCCGAAUACGAAUCCCUCUUUUUAGUCUACUGCUGGCGUUGCUGCUGUGUCAGGGAUCCAGCAUGUCCAGCCUGGUGAAGAGCGAUGCGGAGGACUUCAUAGACUGGUGGCAACACACGGUGUUCUACCAGAUCUAUCCGAGAUCCUUCAAGGACAGCAACGGCGAUGGCAUUGGAGAUCUACCGGGCAUCACGUCGAAGCUGCAGUAUCUCGCGGAGACGGGCAUCACGGCCACCUGGCUGAGCCCCAUCUUCCAGUCGCCCAUGGUGGACUUUGGCUACGAUAUAUCCGACUACCGGCAGAUACAGCCCGAGUACGGAACCAUGGAGCACUUUGAGCAGCUGAUAGACAAGGCCUACGAGCUGGGCAUCAAGGUCAUACUGGAUUUCGUGCCCAAUCACAGUUCGGAUGAGCACGAGUGGUUCAAGAAGUCGGCGGCAAGGGAGCCCGGCUACGAGGACUACUAUGUCUGGGUGGAUCCGAAGAUCGACGAGAACGGGGACCGGCAGCCGCCCAACAAUUGGCAAUCGGUGUUCUAUGGGUCUGCCUGGGAGUGGCACGAGGGCCGGCAGCAGUACUACCUGCAUCAGUUCACCAAGGAGCAGCCGGACCUCAACUAUCGCAAUCCCGCCGUGGUCCAGGCCAUGGACGAUGUGAUCCUCUUCUGGUUGAACAAGGGCGUGGCCGGCUUCCGCAUCGAUGCGGUGAAUCAUAUGUUCGAGAAGGAGUCCCUGGAGGACGAGCCGCUGAGUGGAAAGACCAACGACCCGCUGUCCUACGACUACACCACACACAUCUACACCAAGGAUCUGCCCGAGGUGCUCGAGAUGGUCCAGCACUGGCGCCAGCUGCUCGAUGACUUCAGCUCCAAACAUCCCGAGGGCCCCACGCGCAUCAUGAUGACGGAGGCGUAUGCCGGACUCACGACUCUGGCCGACUACUAUGAGGACCGGAACGGCGUCCGGGGCUCGCAGCUGCCCUUCAACUUCCACUUCAUCACGGAUGUGAAUGGCGACUCGGAUGCGCGUGACUUUGUCUACAAUGUGGAGAAGUGGCUGAUCUACAUGCCCCGUGGGCACGCGGCCAACUGGGUCAUGGGCAACCACGACAAUCCCCGUGUCGCCUCCCGUUUCGGUCCGUCCGCCGUGGAUGCCAUGAACAUGCUGCUGAUGACACUCCCCGGCGUUGCCGUCACCUACAAUGGCGAGGAGCUGGGCAUGGAGGACUAUCGUGACAUGCCCUGGGAGGACACAGUGGAUCCGCCUGCCCGCAAUGUGGGAGAGCAGCUCUUUAGGAACGUGUCCAGGGAUCCAGAGCGUACACCAUUCCAAUGGAACAAUGCCAGCCAUGCGGGCUUCUCCGAGGCCUCCAAGACCUGGCUGCCAGUGCAUCCCAAUUAUCCGGAGCUCAAUUUGGAGGCCCAGAAAGCAGCCCCCAAGAGCCACUACAAGGUCUAUAAGGCGCUCAUCGAGCUGAGGAAAUCGGCCAUUAUGCGGCUGGGACGUUUCACCAUCGAGCCCAUCUCCCGCUGGGUGUUUGCCUUCAAGAGAUCGUUUGCCAACUUUGAUUCGAUAAUUACCGUCAUCAAUGUGAGCGACAAGGAGCAGUUGGUCAAUCUCUCAGAGUUCCUCAAUCAGCCCAAGAAACUGGUCGUGGAAGUGGCUGGCGUGGAGUCCGCGUAUCAGCCGGGUCAAUUCCUGGCCGCAAUCGCCCUGUCCCUGGCUCCGCACGAGGGUCUCGUCUGCCGACUCGUCUAGGAAUUACCGACGCUUUGCUGUUGACGGAGAACUUUCCUCUUUAAUUGCAUUUCCAGUUCAAAAUGUCACGCGAUUGAAUACAAAAUGGGUGGAAAAUUAAUGACUCUACGGCCA